AUGGCGCGCUGCGUCGGGGACAAGAACAAGUACCAGUUGAUGGAGACCAUCGGGGCGGGGCAGUUCGGCGUCACGCAGAAGGCGCUGGACACGGCGACGGGGACCGUCGUCGCCGUCAAGAUGAUCCCUCGCGGCGACAGGAUCGACAAGAAUACGGCCAGAGAGGUCCUGAACCACCGUCGGCUCCUGAAGCACCGCAACAUCGUCGAGUUCCGCGAGGUCUUCCUCACGCCGCAGCACCUCUGCAUCGCCAUGGAGUACGCGGCGGGCGGCGAAAUCUUCGCGCAGCUCGCCAAGCGCGGCCGCCUGGACGAACGAACGGCACGCGCGCUCUUCGCGCAACUCGUCGCGGGCGUGCGGUACUCCCACAGCCUCGGGAUCUGCCACCGCGACCUCAAGCUCGAGAACGUCCUGCUCUCCGGCCCGCUCAGCGCGAGCGCGCCGCCCGCGGUCAAGAUCUGCGACUUUGGCUACAGCAAGAGUUACGUGGACGAUUCGCAGCCAGCCACGUGCGUCGGCACGCCCGCGUACAUCGCCCCGGAGGUCCUCCAGCGGCGCCCGUACGACGGCCCGCUCGCGGACGUGUGGAGUCUCGGCUGCUGCCUUUAUACCAUGGUUGCGGGACAGUACCCCUUCCAGGACGCGAGACACCCCGAGGACAACAUGCGCAUGGUGCUCAACAUCCUCGGAUCCAAGUUCAGCACGCCCGUGGACGCGCUCCCGGGCGUCUCUCCCGACUGCAAGUGCGCCCUGUGGUCGUCACCUGCGUAG